AUGUCGGACACUCAUUCCCCGCCUCGACGCUCUGCUACCUUCCCGACAGAAGGCGAUUCAAGCCCUCAUUCUCCUAAAGCCAUCAGCUUUGCUGCUGCCCACACCUCUCCUUCUCGACCAACGACAGCUGUAAGCCGGCUUUCGGUUGAUGUAAUAGGCCACCCUCGGCAAGGAUCACUCGGUGUACUCACCAGAGCAAGCACCGAACCCUUGAGUCAUGGAGACAAAUGGGCUGACGCCUGGACUGACGUUCAUGAAGAGCGAUUGAUCCUCGUACAAUCGGAACUCAAGAAAGCGCAAAAGCGCUGGAGUGAGAGCCAGGAGAUAUGGCUUGAAGAGGAAAUGCAACUGCAAAGCCAAAAACGCAAGCAUCAGCGAGCACUCAAGAGCAAAGAGGAUAGCGCCCGUAAAGCUGCAAAGAUCUGGAAAGCAAAGACAUGGAAAGUGGGCUCCCGCAAGCCCAAGAGGAAAGGCUCCGCAAGCGAUGCCACAGGUAUUUCAGGCGGUGACACACCCAGUGACGACGAAGACGGAGCCGUACUCGAAAAGACCGACACCUCGUCAACGCUGUCGAAGGCAAUGCGCCGGCUAAGUCUGUCAGUCAGGUCAAGCAGGAAGGGCUCGAUCACGAAUACACCCUCAGCGUCUGGGGCUGUCAGCCGGGACGAUAGCCCCGUGCGGUGA